CCGCCGCUGCAGUUUGAUGUUGAACGGUAGAACAGCUCGACAACAUCAAGUUGAACGCAUCUUUGCCAUCAUCUGCAGUUGUGCACUGGGAACUGGAAUUUUUGACAUAAACACUACCUCAAAUUGAGCGUAUCGCCGAGUUAAAUUUAAAAAAAGCCAUUACAUCGAUGCCGUUGGUAGUUUCGUAGUGGCCGCAACUUGGUGUUAAACUUGCCCAAACUACAUUUUAACUUCGCCGAGAAUUGGAUGGUGGCCGUAAAUGGGGCUGCAUUUCGCCGAGAAACCCAGUGAUGGACUGUUUACUUAGGAAUCGCACCAAAUGGAACUUGCAGUAAAAUUUUUAAAUGCAUACUUUCGAGUGUUUUAAGUGUUUCUCAGUGUUUUAUGGUGUGCCUUGUGAUUACAUACAAUAUGUACACCAAAGUGUUUGUGUGAUAAGUUGCUGAGGACUACGUUAAAGGGUGACGGUGCCAUGGCCUGGCAUGGGAAGGUCCGGCCCGGCCUGCUUCUUCUACUCUUCUCAUUCGUUGUUAUCUCGGAGGCAAUGGCCAAAAGCAUAGAAGUGUACCGGUACGAAACGGCGUACGCAUGCGAGGGGAAAACGCUCAAAAUCGAAUGCAAGGAAGGCGAGCUGAUAAAACUGAUUCGAGCUAAUUAUGGACGAUUUUCGAUAACGAUCUGCAACGACCACGGCAACACCGACUGGAGCGUGAAUUGCAUGUCGCCAAAAUCUUUGAGGGUUUUACACGGAAGGUGUACCCACUAUCAGAACUGCAGUAUCCCGGCGAGUACGAGUAUGUUCGGAGAUCCUUGUCCUGGCACACACAAAUACCUUGAGGCCCAUUACCAAUGCCUACCUGCAACAACAACGACCACUACAAGCCGGCCCAGUCCUCCAUGGUUGAUAACGUCGCAACCGCCAAUGUGGAACACCGUGAAGCCGUCGGCUCGCCCGCCCCCAGCGCCACCAAAAGUUUCAGCUACUCCGCCAACCAGACUUGUAACAACUGUUACAUCUUCGACUACUACGUCCACGUCUCCGCAGCCGCCGCCUGCACCUCCGAGCGAUCCUGAGAAGGACGACGAGCAAGAGCAGGAAGAACUUCCAGAUAAGAACUACCACGAACCUAUUAAACCUAUUCCAGAUGAAAUAACGACACUGCCAUACACCACCGUAACCCCGAAACGGGUGACCUCGGAUAGUACGUAUCCUAAUACUUUUAAUCCAGCACCUAGUAUACUGCCAUCUUGGACCAAAGACUCUGAGACGAAUCGCUGUAGUCCAAAGACGUUUCGUAGCAUUUUUUGGAACUGGACUAAAGUUAACUCCACUGACAUACAACCAUGUCCUGGAGGUACCACGGGUUUUGCUAAGUGGCGCUGCGUCGAAGUUAAUUCGGUGCCAACGUGGUAUCCGGCCACACCAGACUUAAGUCAGUGUAGAUCGGUGUGGUUGACGAGCUUAGAACAAAGGAUCAUGGCGGGAAGAGAUCCCUUAGUCUCCAUAACGAACGACUUGGCUCAAGUUACCAGCAGUAAAACGUUGUAUGGAGGCGACAUGAUGAUCACCACGAAAAUUAUACAAAAGAUGGCGCAAAAGAUGUCGCAGGAUAUUCAAACGUUCCCGGACACGAGACAGCGUGAAGCUAUAGUUACCGAAAUGCUGAGUGACGUUGUAAAGACUGGUAGUAAUUUAUUAGACUCGUCACAGCAUCCUUCGUGGAGGGACUUGAGUUACAAAGAGCAAAUGAGAGUAGCUACGUCCCUCCUUAUCGGGCUAGAAGAAAACGCGUUUCUUCUAGCUGAUACGGUCAUGAGGAAAAAGACUGUUGAUCAGAUUGUUAAAAAUAUAAUGUUGUCGGUGCGUGUCUUAGAAACCAAAUCUGUUACAACAGAAGUAUUUCCUUCGGACAACAAGUGGUCCGCUAGUAAUGAUUCCAUAGAACUUUCACAAGGAGCAUUACAAGAAAACAGUGACGGCGGUUUGGUUCGGCUUGUUUUUGUCGCGUUCGACCGAUUAGAGGAAAUUCUACAAUGGCAGCCGGAUUCUUCCGAAACUAAUAAAAACGUUACUAGAAUGCUAAAUAGUAAAGUGAUUUCGGCGAGUUUAGGCAAAGGGCGCCAUAUCCAGUUGCGAGAACCGGUGAGGUUGACACUCAGACAUCUACAAACCGAGAACGUGAGCAACCCUUCGUGUGUCUUCUGGGACUACACUUCCAGCGCAUGGUUGGAAGAAGGUUGUCGCGUGGAAUCCACCAACAGGUCUCACACUGUAUGUCUGUGCGAUCAUCUAACGAACUUCGCGAUUCUUAUGGACGUCCACGCUAUCCAGCUACCGAUACCGCAUCAAAUUGCUUUGAAAAUCAUAACAUUAGUCGGAUGCAUAAUCUCAAUUAUAUGUCUUAUUCUAGCCAUAAUAACCUUUCAGUUAUUUCGAGGCCUCAAGAGCGACCGAACAACAAUACAUUGCAACUUAUGUAUCUGCCUCUUGAUCGCCGAGUUAAUUUUUUUAAUAGGAAUAGGUCAGACUGAAAAUAAAAUUGUGUGUGGGGUCAUCGCCGGAUUCCUGCAGUAUUUCUUCUUGUGUGCUUUCAUAUGGAUGUUCUUCGAAGGUUUCCAAUUAUAUGUGAUGUUGAUUGAAGUGUUUGAAGCUGAGAAGUCUAGAGUAAAGUGGUAUUAUUUUUUCGCUUAUGGAUUACCUUUGGUCAUAGUUCUUGUGUCGGCUGCUAUUUAUCCGCAGGGUUAUGGUACCGAACAGCACUGCUGGCUGAAAACAAAUAACUACUUCAUAUACAGUUUUGUCGGGCCCGUUAUUGUAGUGCUUUUCUUGAAUCUUAUUUUCCUAGGAAUGGCCGUUGUAAUGAUGUGCCGUCACGCGAGUGCUUCUGUGUCUAUUAAAAACAAAGAGCACUCACGUCUUGCAAGCACCAGUGGAAAGGAAGAAAAUGCACUUCAAACCAAAUUUCAAGCUCACUUGGCCUGGUUAAAAGGCGCUAUAGUGUUGGUGUUCCUCCUCGGAUUGACUUGGACCUUCGGUUUCCUCUACCUCAAUCAAGAGUCAGUGGCCAUGGCAUACCUGUUCGCGUUUUUGAACUGUCUACAAGGAUUCUUCAUCUUCUUAUUCCACUGCGUGCAAAACGAGAAGGUCCGCAAGGAGUACCGCAAGUUCAUCCGCCGUCAUUCGUGGUUGCCCAAGUGCUUGCGUUGCUCAAAACCUAGUGGUGGCGCUGGCAGCAGCAGCGGUAGUUCCGGACUGAACAAGGAGCGCAGAACAAGUAUUUACGCCGGCUCAAAUGGCAAUCCCUCUGGUACAAACUCGCAUUCGACCGACAAUUCGGUGUUGUCUCCACAUGCAACUAGUUUGCAGCGAGAAUGGAACUCCCGGAGUUGCACCAACGUCAAUCGCAUAGGCAGAACACCUGUGCCCACCUCUACCUCGGGCACCACGGCUGCUACUCUGUGUCGCCCAACCCGAGACGGCACACAAACACCCCCACCCGUUCUUGAACCUCCAAACACUUCCACGUUACCUUAUAUUCGUAAUUUUUAUAAAAAUUCCACAAUCACUCCAAAUUUACCCAAAUCGGCCUCCACAUGGGGUCCUCUUCACAAGCCCUUACACUGGAAGAACAUUUCUUUUAAGUCAUAUAGUCGCGAUUCGGGUCAUGGAGGAUCGGAGCAGGAGGAUUCCCCCAGAUCGCAUACGAUCGUAGCCGACACCAGGCUCAACAAUGCCAAAGAUGCGCGUCGCCAAGCCUAUGUAUCAUCCGACUGCAAUCAAGCUAUCAUGGAAAACAACAUCCAGCUGAACUUCCCGGACUACAACAGAAGACACGACACCAUACCUCAUCCGAAGCACCUUCCUCUCCCGCAGAGCCUGCAGCCGCACGGAACACGCAAGAAAAACGGAAACUUCUCGAAACCGGGCAACCACUGGCCGCACCACACCUACACCGAGAUUUACGACGGACGGUCACCGAGAGGACUGGCGCCCGAGGACGAUCCGGUGUACGAGGAGAUAGAACGGAACGAGAUUCAGGUUAGUGACAUGAGCGACGAAGACGGAAAGCGCCAGAGCGACAUGAGCCGACAAUCAUCGCGUUCAUACGGAGACCACCGACCACUGAUUCCGUACAGUCCCGGGACCGACCGCAGCAUUCUGGAAGCCGUGAAGAAGGAACACAACCGGUACCCGCAAGAUGUAGACGGUUACAGGAUGAGACCCAACAUGUACCGAGGUGACACCGUGAGGUCCCUAGCUGCCGUUUUGGACGGCGAAACUGUAGUGUGCCAUUUAGAACCACCCGAGAUGUACCCACGUGACCCGUAUACGUCCCGAACUCUGGUCCUACCCCAGUAUAGUGAGAGUUAGGAAACUGCCAUUUGCAAGUGAAUAUCUGUGAUUUUACACAUGAUCAGACUUUCGGUCAUUAUUAUUUAAGUUAGUAAAGCUCAGCUUGAUUGAAUGAAGGAAAGUGAUAAUUUUAUAAUAGUGAACUAUUUUAAUAAAAUAUUUAUGUGAAUACGAAUGUCUCUUAGAUGUGAGUUAUUCCAGUCAACUUGUUAUAAUAUGUUAUUAUUUUUCCUUUUUUUUUAUUGUAAAUUCUUCUUUCUUUUUCUAUUUACUAUUCACUGUUAGCUCAACUUUACCGUCUUCAUUAUACCAUUAUUUUAUUAAUAGCUAAAUUGUUAUUCAGAGUUUUACUGAGUUUAUCUUGUAGUGCUUUUUAAGCCAUACUUAGCCAGCACGAUGUAAAUAUAGAAAUAAAACGUUUUCUAAUAAAUAUAAACUCAGCACUUCCCUUCCGAUAACUUUUAUUUAUUUAUUGUAUUUAAUUUUUGAAUUGUGAAACAUAACUGUCUCGAAAUGAUUGUUUUUUAUUUUCGAAAUUAUUUAGUGAAAACAAUGUAUUUAUGUUAUAUUGUAUAUAUUGUAUAGAGCUUUGUACAUGUUGAUUGAAUGGUACGAUAUUAGUCAGGCAUAAAUUGUUAUUAUUGCUAUGUUCAUUAACACAUAGCUAAAAUAAACAAUACACCAUUAUACAAAACAAUGUAUUAAAUUUUAAAAUUAAAU